UGAUAGCACGCGCUCCGACUGUGCGAAAUCUUAAAUUCUUUACGUCCUAGUUAUUUAUUUUAGUGUCAGUUUUCAUCAUUCCUAACCAAGUACCUACUUGGAGCUGGGUGUGAACCGAGAUACGGUGUGUGUAGUUUUAUGUAACCAUAUUUAUCCUCUUAUCGAAUAAACGUUGUGCUAAUUUUAAGUAACUCUACAGUGCUAGUGCAGUGCAUUAUUGGAUUGAAGCACUGAGUGAAAUUUCCGUACAUAAGUGAACUAGUGAAGUGUCUGCGACGCCUGGCUACUUUCCUUUUGUGCACUGCGAUUAAGUGAUUUGUGUCAUUAGUUAAUGGAUUGGUAACAAUUUUGGAUUCGAGAGAACAUCAUGACAAUCAUCACGCUGAAUACGCGGGAGGAGACAUGAACGCGACCAGAGGUUGUCACUCCCGCCAAGCAGGGUAGAGACAUCCAAAGGAGCUGGUUGCCGGACCGGGAGUGCAUAGUAUGGAUGUCAGUUUUAACAAUGUACUGGAAGGGACACGCCAGUACUUUAUGGGAAUACCAAAGCAGGCACAGGGAUCAAACGGCCAACAGAUGUGGCCUGCAAGCGCUCCGACCGAGGAGGGAACUCCUGCUCUCUCGGGAGCUCCAACACCAUCUUCACGACCUCCAUCUGUGGCUGCGGCGCCGCCUCCAACGACAGCGCCAACACCCGUCUCUAUACCGCCACGACCGCCUUCCGAGCCUCUCGAACCUGAACCGCACUUUAUUCACAAAGCCACAGUGAUGCGCGAAGCGGCAGAAAAGCGAAGAGAACAGCCUGAAAUUGAAGACGAAGAAGAAACAGGGGGAGCCUUGUCACCACCGUCUCAUAUAAUACGGAAACCAACUCUCCACACACUGCCUUCCCCCGCGGCAGCUCCAGCUGUGCCGAGUCCGUCGCCCGCUCGCCCGCCUUCUGAAGUUCCGCAAGCUUCAAUCAUGGCAACUGAACAAAUUGAUACUACGAUUCAGUAUCGUACCCCUAUUCACCGGGUACAAACUCCGACAGCGAGGGCACCCGACCAUUUUACGUCGGGCCGUCCAUUAGAUCACUAUUCUGCGUCUCGCCCACCGGAAUCUUAUCCGCGGUAUCAGUACGAAUCCAAUUUUUCCGACACCGGGAGAAAUUCCCAUGGGCCACCAGUGGUCUCGCCUCAACCUUCAAUACCACCCCGUCCGAGUCCACAAACGUAUGCCAGAAUCUCUAGCUCAAUGCCGCAGCAUGCUAUUAGUCGGUUAACAGAAACGACGGCUUAUAAUGCACCCACGCAGCGAUAUUCUUUACCGCCCACUCAGGCUCCACCUCCACACAAUGACCGAGUCCCACCUAUUCAUCAUCCACAACACGUGCAAUCGAGUAAAAGGAUAAAUUCCAUGGAUAAUCGUGCCUCACCUAUUUACUCUUCGAUGUCUCAACGUCGCGAAUCUCCUUCACAUACGCGAGCAUCGUCUCAAUAUGAAAGACAUACAACUCUUCCUCAAAGAAAAUACGAUCCUCAGCAAGUAUAUUCCGGUUACCGGCAGACGACGUCGGCACCCUUACCUAUUCCAAUUCCAAAUCCAAGAGUGGAUUCUCAUCAACAACUUCAAUUUAAGCACAGCUCUAUAGAAGCUUUGAAUGCAUCAUAUGCAAUUAGAGGGACAGAUCGAGUCCCACCACCACCACAACCGCCAUUACAACCUCAUGAAAUAGCGCGGCUAGCUCCACGAGUAGAUUAUCCUAGCAAAACGAGAACAUCAGAUUCCAGAAAUAGCUACCCUUAUGCUACUCCGUCUACGUCAGCAGUAAGAUAUGCUUCGAGCUCACCGGGUCAAGCUAUCCAAAAUAAUUCGCAGCCCCAUCCACAAGCACUUCCAUCUAGAACAUCGUACCGCACGGCAGUUGCUCCUAAAACGAAUUAUGAUUAUACAACGCCAAACCAUGUACAAAUUUCACCAUCGCGCUCAACGGCUAAGCCUGGAUAUCCCAGUCAGCAAGCGCGUAUGACCGUUUCCGUCACAGCUUUAGUUGAUCAAUUGAACCAAACUAAGCAGAAACGGGAGUCCCCACUUGAUUUGUCUGUUAAAACAGUGAAGAAUUCUGCAGAUUCUUCAACGACUCAGGAUGAUGUUAUCGAUUCUGCGUCAAUGAAAAAUGAGGCUCAUCCCAUACAACCCAGACCAACGUCUAGCAGCCGGAACACUACAGUUUCUGGUUAUGUUGCUUCACACAAAGUAGACUUUUCUCCUGAUUUUGCUCAAUAUAGAGACCGAAACACGAACCACGGAUAUAAUGCUGCUACAAAUCAGCAUAUUGGUUAUAACGGAGCACAUAAUCCUUCGAGACCAGUGACUGAUUCUAAUCACGUUGAAUCUCGCCAUCAAGUAUACGAACGCAGUAAAUAUAAUGGGCCAGUUAAGAGAACUGACUAUGUUCCCAGAAUAGACCUAACGCGAACAAGUGGCGAGGAUCGUUAUUCAGCGAGUAGAAUUCGCGAUGAUCGGCAUUUAAUUAUAGAAGAAAGAAAACGGCCUGCAGGCCCGAUAGUUAGUAACAUUCCCGAAAAAAUUCUUCGCCACGAAACAUGGACUGCUGAUAGUCGGAUAGAACAACUGAGUCAAUCGGCGAGAGAACAGCGGGAGCUAAUGAUUCAACCAGUAUACAGUUAUGCAAGCCAUAAAAGGCUUGAGGCAAGUCAACAUGAACAUAAGCGUUCAGUAAAUGCUCUUCCUUAUCGCGAACAUCACCAUUAUCCUCAUCAUCGAUAUUCUGGUAAUUCAUAUCCUGAGGGCGGAAGUAGAGAAGCAAAUGACUACCACCCUCAUUAUCAUGAAAAAAUACCAAAUAAUAAUCGCCAUAUUAUUCAAAAGAUUCCGAGCCAUAGAGACUUAAUUCCGCAUAAUUUAUUACCCAUGAGUGCGCAACCUGCGGAUAAAGAAGUAUUAAGUAUAUUACGAAACAGUUUACAAACAAAACAAACGGGUUAUUUAGAAACUGCUAAAUCAAGUAGUGAAGUUCCUGAUCUCAUUGUAAUAGAUGAUGUAGAUGAUUCUGUGAUAGAAAUAACUGAUGACGAUGUAGCGAAAGAUGACGAAUUGACUAAUAGUAAUAAACUCAAUAUUUUGAAACAAUCGGUUGCAGACUUAAGUCAUCAUAUAAAAAUGCCUAAAGCAGUGGAUUCGAUUCCACGAGAUUCUGAUUAUCCGAAAUUUGAUAGUCCUGAAACUAAGAGAAUAUCUCCAGAAAAUGAUGUUGCUUCCAGAAUAAGAACCAAGGCAGAAUUAAAAGUAAUGCCACCAUCACAAGAUAGUUCAUCAAAAUUAGAGAUGAAGCUAGAAUGUAUUAAUGUUGAAAAUAAUACAUCAAAACUGCUUCCAAAAUCUCAAAAACAACAUCUUUUUAACCAAAUUCGCGAAGAUAAUCUGAGAUUAGAAUCUGUUAUAAAAAAUGAGAAACAUUACAAUAUGAACAUUCCAGAAAUAAAAACAGAACCUAUGAAUAUCGAUGAAAUAGAAAGAGAUGCAGUAUUACAAAUAAAAACAGAAAAUUUUGAAGAAAAAAUUGAAGCUCAAGAAAAUAGCAUGGAGGGCUUAGACAUGGAUUGGGCUAAUGCUUGCGAUAGUUUUAUGGAACAGUUGAAAACAGGAUGUCAUAAAAAGAAAAACCAUAAAAAACGGAGUAAUACUUUAGACUUAGAAAAUGAGUCACUGGAACAACUUUCAGAAAGCAAUGAUUUUAAAGAGGACCAACAGUCUGCAGAAAACAGUAAAGUGGUAGAAAAUGGAGGUGUGACAGAAAAUAGCGCUGUUACUGAAAACCGCGGUAUGCAAGAAAACAGUUUUGUAGUUGAUAAUAAACCUCGUUUUGAAAAUGGUACUGAUACAGAACCAGAACCGACUUUAGAAAAUUCCUACACAAAAUACGUCAAUCUAACCUCCGAAAACAGCCCUGUGAAAGGAGACGAACAGUCUUUAGAAAAUACUAGCUUGAAAAACCAAAAACAGUUUGGAGGCAAUAGGGUUUUGAAAGAGGAUGAACUACCAAUUGAAAAUAAAGGUUUGCAAAUAGACAAACCGCUACCAAAAAAUAAUAACAUGAAUGAAGGACACGUACAAUUUAUACCUGCAAAUUCUAAUGUAGAGCUGCCAGCUAUUAUUGAAAUUAAAAAGGAGCCAAUGGACGAGGAUGAACUUAAAUUAGAAAGUGAAGUAAGCUUAAUCAAAGGAGAUUCUUCCGUCAAAGGUAGACAAAAGAAACCCGAUAAAAAUAAGUCAGAAAAACAAAAAGAUAAAGAAAAUAAUAAAGCGCAUAAAAAUAAAACUAAUAUGAAAGUUAAAAAUAAAUUGGUUAAAAAUGAUUGCUUACCUAACACAGUACCCAUAAAAAAGGAAUUAGAAGAAGAAGAAACAUUAAAAACAGUUGUAAAAGAAGAAUUGGAAUCAACAGACGAUGACGAACCUCUUAUAAAAAGCAAAUUACUGAAGGAUAAGCAGCAAACUGAUCAAUUAAUAAAAUAUCAAUUAUUAAAAGAUUUAUCUGAAAAAUCAGCUUACGUGAAGUUAGAAUGUUGUCAUGAACGUAUGAACAGUGUUAGAAAUUCCUCAGAUUCUGCUCCUAAGGAGGAGAAGCAAAGUAAAGGAAAAUCCACACGACAGAGGUCAAAAUCAAAGGGUAAGACUCUGUCAACGGAAAAUAUAAAAAAAGAAAAGCCUGACGAAGAAUCUAGCACCGAUAGUGAUGACGCAUUAAGUGUAGCAAGUAGAUUACGAGUGCGUAAGAAUGUAAAAGUUGAGGAAAACAAAUCUGCGUUGCAAAAAACUCCCUUGAAGUCAUCCCCGACGAAAAAAAAAGAUAGUGGAAAUAGCAGCAGUUGCUCGACACCUGCGUUGCGUAAACCUGGUUUUGGUGAUGGAUCAGAUUUCCAUCCUGGGUGGGAAGAAGAAUUAUACAGAUAUAAGAGAUCUUUACGCAUGCCUUCUAGACUUAUUGCAAUUCCGAGAGGCCGCUCCGGUGGCUCAUUUGUUAAAGGCUGUGCGACACAAUUCACACGUGGCUCAACAUCUCUUCCGGACUUGGAUCCCGUUCCCCUUUCACCCGCACCGUCAUCAGCUCCGUCCGCUGCAACUGAUGAUCUCUAUAGAAGACCAGAUAAAUUAAAUCUUGACAGUGAUCUUGAGUCUAAUUCUAGUUGUUCUGCUAUGAAUAAGCUUCAUUACGAUUCAGAAGCUUCAACAUCCACAGUAUUUUCUGCAACAAAAGCAAAGAAAAAGAGUAAUUCAAUUGUAGACGUCCUCAUUGAAAAGUGUGGAAAGAAAGAAGAAUCAAAAAAGAAAUCUAAAGAAAAAGAAGAUAAAACGCCGAAAAUUGUUACGAAAAAGUCCAGUAAUACUGAACUUUUAGCAACGCCAAGCUUAGGACUGAUUAAAAAUGGAAAUAAAGGUAAUCUAAGCGCUAAAAAGGAGAAGUUGAUGGAAGAUAUUUUUUAUUUAGGUGCUUUCAGAAAGGAAACUGUUACUAUGUUUAGGACAGCUUUCAUUAAAGAUACCAAUGGACUUAUUGGUGCUACAGAAGAAUUUUCGCCAGUUGUACUCAAAUCAAGAACUAGAACUGAAAGCAGAGUAUUGAAGCAGCGAGCUACGAUUAAAGAAGUAUUUGGUGAUGACCGACCUGCGUCUGCCCCUCCAUCUUCCUGUAGAGAAGAAAUCAUACAAGAUGAUCCACCAAUAAAAAAGGAACCGGAAACAAAGCCUAAAUUCAAGCCAAAAAAAAAUGUGAAAGAGAAAAUAAAACGAAGAUCUAGUUCAAUAAGGGAUGGAUUGAGAAGCACUAAAUCAUUGAAAACGAAUGACGCUAAAGGGAGACUCAUGCGUUUAAAGAAAAGAAAUAGUGUCAUAAAAUCAUUCGCUCAUAAAAGAAGAAAGGAACUCGCAAAUAAUAAAGCAAAAAAAGAUGCGAUCCCUACUUCUGGCGAAAAGGAUCAAAACAAGGUAGAAGGUGGUGACCCGGUUCCUACUGAGGUUAACACUAAGAGACGUUUAAAACGCCUUUUUGGAAGAAGAAAAUUUAGCUCAGGUUUUGAUUACAUUCGAAAGAAAAAGAAAAUCAUACGCAGGGAAGAAAAUUGUCCGAAAGUUGUCCGGCGACCAGCACCUAAACCUAGCCCUGAAUCUGUACACGAUAUCAAAAAAGAGAUCAAGAGCUGGUUUAUUAAUAAGAGUGUAGGUGAGACACACCUGCAUCGCGCUGCCAGACUUGGUUUUACAGAUUGUGUUGCAUAUUGCUUGGAGAAAAUGGAAUCGGAUCCAUCUGCUAAAGACAACGCAGGCUUUACACCAUUACACGUGGCAUCGGCUAAGGGUCACGUACGAAUAGCACGAUUGCUUCUCCAAUAUGGUGCUAAUGUUUCUGCUGCAGCUCAAGGAGGAAUACGGCCGCUGCACGAAGCCAGUGAGAACUCUCAUGUUGAAAUAAUUAGACUGCUGUUAUCAUACGGCGCUGAUCCUGUUUUGGGGACGUACGCCGGUCAAACGCCUGAAGAGUUAGCAGAAGGGUCAGCAGCCAUGUUGCUCCAUUUGUAUAUAGCUGAUGUCCAAGGACGUGCCAUCGAGCCUUGGAGAUUUCCAUCUCCAGACAAAAUUAUAGAUCGUGAAGAGAUCGGUUGCGACCCACUGUCGUCCCCUCCCCCCGGGACCCCGCCACCGCCGCCCGACGCGACUAUAGAGAUCCAGUGCACGGAGGCUCCACUACCCCCUUUCUACAGCCUCCGAACGGGACCAGGCCAACCGGCCGAUGGUCUAUGGUGCCUGCUGCAGGAUAUCACGAACAUUCUACAGAUAAAGUCAAAGGACAGCCUGCUGAAGCAAAUCCACUGCGGCUCGGGAUCUCCAAAAGAACUGCUUCGAGAAAUACGCACCCAGGAAUUUUUGGAGAGGGCGCAAUGCCACCAACUGCUUGGUGCCGGGGAGAAAGUCAACGUUAGAGCAUCGAAGGUUGCCCUCGUUAGAGUCACCGAUAAGUUGAGGCAACUACUCAAAAUCGAGACUGUCCUGGUUAGCUGACACUAAAUAAAUACAUAGUGGUUUAGGGUGUUCAUAUUGAUAUUUUGAGUGACUUUACAAUGGUAUACGUACAACGAACUCGACGACGCGUGACGUGUCGUACGACGAAACCGUAAUAGUAUAAGGUUUCGCCGUACCUUCAGUCGCGCUUCGUCGACAAUUGAUGAACGUCCAAUGCACUUAAGGCAGACAAAACGCGGCGUCCAUUCGUAUGACCAAUCACUGGACCCGGAUGUUUGAGCAAGGCUUGUGAUUGGCCGGACUUUGCUCAUGACGCAGUGUGGAUGCUGCAAUAUAUCCAUCGCUUUCCACGACAUAGAUUUUGUAGUGGUCAAUACAGGUCUUGACUGACAGACUGGAUCGAUGUCGGCGUAGAGUUGCCAGCACCUCAACGUCCAUUAGUUCUCCUAUAUUUUCGAAAAACAUACAAGAGGGUGCCAAUUCAGUUAUAUAAAAAACUAAAAUCAACUUUAAGGACACGUCUUAAAGUUAUGGCAUACUUUUUGCUUAGAUCCCAUCGAAAAAGAUGGCACUACAUUUUAGAAGGUUCAAUUUAAUAGUUUAGUACUUGUACAUAUCCUAAACUACAAACUACCUUUAUGUAGAGAUGAGAAAGUUGUUUUUAAUAAAAUUAAAUUCGCAACGGGAGCAAUUGAGUAAAAGCUUAAAAUCCUAGAGAAUUUUCAGUAGUUGGACAAAGCUUAAAGACACUACUCGUAGAUAGGCACCUACAGAAUUAUAGAUCUCGAACGAUAAUUAUUGUGUUUAUAAUCUACCGGAAAACUUGCUAUAGAAUAAACCAAGCUAUUUAAAAAUCUUCGACUGAUUUAUUGUAAAACAUAAUCAAAGAUGUAUCUCAUUUAGGAACAAAUUAAUCUAUGUAUUUGUUUUAUGAGACUGUAAUUUAAUUUAGGGCAGCCAUUACAUAAUAACUAUAAUAUUUGGUCACACAACUGAAGUAUGUUUUGACUGACAUAUGGAAUGUCAGUGAGGUGUUGCUAUCUCUAGAGUCUGCAAUGUCCCACUAGAGCCGUUCUGUGGUGAUUAACAAUCUGGUUCAUUAAUUAAGAUAACAAAUCUGGGUUGGUUAGGGAUAUUAUUUAUUAAAUGGCGCAACUAUUAAGGUAAUAUAACUCGUUUAGGAUAUUUUAGGUUUACUUAAAGAACCAUUACAUCAAAUGCGUCUUUAAAAGAUUUUUUACGCCAAACGUCCAGAGUAAUACUCUAAAGGUAAUAACUUCUUACUGACUGUGACAUUUACUUCUCACUUUGUUGUAUGAUGUACUGUAGAACAACCUGUAUAUAUUUGUUAUAAAAACAUUCGCGUAUUGUAAAUAAUAAAUGUUGCUUUAAUCGUAUUUUAUUCCCAUGGGUGCUAUUUAACGUUGGUGUAUGGUGUUUGUUGUUUUAAGAUUAUGUGAAUACGUAUUAUUUUAGUUGUAUGCGGCAAUGAUAGUGUAAUAAAUGAGAAUAACAAGUUAUAGUUACCAUAAUCUAAUUAAAAAAUAAAGAGAUAGCAUAAUCUUGAGUGUGCAAUAGUAAACGUUUGUAUUGAUUGCACUGUAGUUAAAAAUGGUGGUUAUAAUGCCAGCAGGGCUAGCACGGGCGAGAGAUAAAAAUUACAUCCCCCGAUUAUAUCCCCUGACAUGGGAUAUAAUUAACGUGUCCACCUGCUAAAUCACUGGAACAUAGUAAUAUGAGAAGUUCAUCCCCGUUUAUUAAUUAUUGAUUAUAUUAAAAAGUUGAUAAAGCUGUGGGAGAAGAUAAAUUUAUAACCCUUCCCCGGGGAUAUAAUAGUCCCGGGUAUAUUUCACAGCAGGCACGUAAUUGGGUAAUAACACAAAUUUAAAAAAAACAGUGGCUUUUUUCCGCAAAAUUGAAAAUAGCAAUUUUGCAUUGCCUGACCUAUCCAAGAAAUUGUCACAUCACGAUUAUUGUUAUUGUUGUUUGUGGCUGAUCAUAUGGCUUCUUGCUCAAACUGCCAAUUGUGUAAGCCAGGACUUAUGGCGUUCAUUUUAACUGUCAUUCUAAGGUACUAGACCCUGUGGUCAUGACCAGUAAAACUGACAUUUUGGCAAACAAUUGUUGCUGGCAAUAUGACACCUGUUGUAAAACUGCCAAGACCAUCGACUAUAGCUAAAACGCUUAAAAAAUAAUAUUGUGCCAGCAGGAAAGUAUAAUGGCACCUAAUAUAAUUGUAGCUUGUCAUUCUGAGUAAAUAAAAAAUAAAAUUAAAUUCCCAGCUCUAGAGCAAUUUAUUGUCGUGAUAGUAAUUAAUUGUGAGUAAGUGUUUUGUGCGCUUUUAAAAAUAGAGUGAAAAUUACAAUUGUCCUGAGAUUAUGCUAAUUUAUUUUUAUUUUUAUUCUGAUAUUUUAUCAAAUUUGAUCU